AUGGACAACACGGCCACUGAAGGAACCGAGAACAGAUUUGAAACGCUGCAGCAAAACAUAGAGCAGUUUAUUGAAACUACACGACAGAUAGGCAUCAUGGUCAGUGAUUUCCAGCCGGGAUCGCAAGACACUCUAAAUGACAAGAUAAACAAUAUGAUCACAGAUAUGCAAGAAAUUGACAGAUGCAAACAUUUGGUACAAGAUGUUGAAGUUCCUCUAGAAAUUUUCCAAUAUGUUGAUCAAGGAAAGAAUCCCGAGCUUUACACAGAAGAAUGCUUUAAAAGAACAGUUAAUAAGAAUGAGGAAGUAAAAUCAAAAGUAGAUGCUUACAAGAAUUUUAGAAUGACAUUGACUGAAGAACUCACUAAAGAAUUCCCAGAAAUGAUGGUGCGAUACCAUCAGUUCAAGAAGCAGCAGUAUACUGCUCCAGAGAGGAAGUAAGCAGCUGUUGUUUUUGAUUUAAACAACUACAAUCCUCUUCAUUUUAAAGAUUCAAUAAAAUGUGACGUGAAUUUAUUCUUAAGAAGAAACAAAAUGCAUUUCAAGUCAUGGAAUGUAUUUCUGGUGUUUGCUCUGCCUAAGAAGAUCAAGAUGAAGGAUAAUGCAUGAUUCAAGGAAAGCUGAAGUUUUCAAAUGGAUGAAAAAACAAACUUAAGUUUUCUUCCUAUUGAAAAAUAGGAAAAGGAAAUAAACAAACAUAUACACAAAGAAGCCAAACAGGUAAUACUAAGUUUGUUGAAGGAAUUGAGGAAGGAGCUCUUCCAUAAUAAUUUAUCAUUUAUCAGAAUGCACUGAUAAAAGAAAAUGUUUACUCAAAAAUUUUUUUUGAUUGUUAAAAAUUGUUACAUAGUACAUUAGCUUAAACCACAAUGUUUGUUUAGAAGAAUUUUCUCAAGAACUUUAUGAGUCUCUUAAAAGUUACUGUCAUUCAUUUUUUCAA